AUGACUACACCAGAAGAAAGCACAUUUCAAAAUGACAGACGUCAUUCGAGUACCUCAAGAAACAGAUUUGGUUGGGUUAGGCGGUUAAUGCAAGGUCAAAAUAGAACAAACACUUCGGAUCACAUUGAUUCCCAUGCGCAGUUUUCUCACCAUCACCAACCAAACCACAGUCGGCAGUCAGGUGGCCAUUCAGAAACUCAACGCGGGACCACUAGGAGUAGUGAUACAAGUAGGGCAAGACGUAAUUCAGAACCUUUGAUAAGGGAUGAUCCGGAAACCAGUUUAACGCGCAGUGGAGAUGAGGCAGAGGAUUUCAGUACUACACUUCGUUUUGAAGAAAACGACCACAUUCACCGUAGCUCCUUCCAAGAUAGCUAUGGUGAUCAAGACCAUGAUGGAGGUUAUAAUGAUAGCGAUCAAAAUACCAAUAAUAGCGAAGACAACAUUAGCACCAUUCCUUUGAAGUCUAUAAUUUCAAGGCAGUCAACGAAAAACCCAUCAAUUUUGAGUACUGAUGUCAAUAAUGACCACCUGUCACUUAUUGCCUCAACCGCAGAGACUUCACUUGCACCUAGUGUCCAUGCAUCAAACAACAACAACUAUACCGUAGCUCCACAUCAUCAACAAAACAACCUUAAUACUCCAACUGUUGAUGAAGACGGUACAGACACCGGGCCAAGUACGAGUGCUACAUCGGUGACUAUAAACACAGCAACUUCAGCUGGAGCCAGCCAGACUCCCUCGAAUGCGGUACAAGAAGCUGAUAACGAGUCAAUUGUUACCUUGGCUAGCUCAUCAAGAAGAAGAAGGAGAAGAAGUAUCGAUACCAAUUGCAGUACCAACGCAAUUCCACCAGCAUCAAUCAUGGAAAGAUUGAGUGUGCAGCCCACUGCAGCGAAUAGCAUGUACGCCAAUAGUAUUCGAACUGGGAACUUUGAUAGAAGCAGUCAGUUAUCACAUUAUGAUGAUCAAGGUAGCUCAGUGAGGAGUUUUUAA